UUUUACAAAUUUUUUUCUGAAUUUUAUACAAAUAUUAUAUUUAUUUAUUUCAGUAUAUUGAAUAAAUUUAUUUAAAUAAAAAAAAUAACUAUGGAUACUGAAAUUUUUAAUUUGUUAAAUGAUUUCAACGAUCUAACUAUAAGUAAUGACGAUGAUGAAGACUUUGGAGAUGUAGAAUUAAAUGAAAUUUAUGAUGAGACCCUGAGUAAUCUGCCGGAUAAGUACAAUGACUUAGUAGAGGCAGUUUUCGAAAUUAUCAAUAAAGUUCCCACAUUUACUGCAGAAAUAGUCGAUAACGUUAUUAUUCUUGAUAAUAUUUUAUUUGGAUUAAAUCCACAAUUAGACGAUGACAAUGUAUCAAUUAAGGCAAUACUCCGAUUAUCCGAAUUUCACAAAAGAAAAAUCCCACAAAGAAGUGAUCCAAGUUGGUGGGAAGAGAAAUGUUCCAAAUUCGAAGAUUUAAUGAUCCAUUUGUGCUCUACAAGCAAUGACUUCAAAAAUUAUGAUAAAAAUGAUGAAAGUUUAAUUAGGAACGAAAUUGUUGAUUUUGCGAGUAAAAUAGAAGCGAUUGAAAGGCAAGCGAAAAUAAUGCAAGAUUUAAAAGAUAAAAAAGAUAAAAUUUCAGGCUUAGAGAAAAAAUUAAAUGAUAGUUUGAAAGAAAAAAAAGUAAUUCAAAGUGAAUGUAAUCGGCUUAAAAUUUUGAAUUGUAAUUCCAAACUAAUAAGUGAAAAAAAUGCUCGAAUUCAACAACAACAAUAUGAAGACAUAGUUAAAAUUUAUCAAUCUGAAAUAAAGAAUCUUGAAAAUAUUCUAGUUGAAAACCAAAAGUUGAUUAAAAAAAUCAACUUGUUACAAACGAAAAAUAAUGAAAUGAAAAAUACAAUUGAAAGAAAUACUAGCCGUUUAAAUAAAAUUGAAAUUUUAAUUUCAAACAUUUAUAAAGAUUUGAAUAAUAAAAAAUAA